UCUGCCCCCGUAGUUUUUGCCUCUCUUCUUCUUCUCUUAGACAUGGCUUCAGAUUCUUCUCCCGCUAAUUUCAACAACGGUCCUUCCUCUGCUGAUGAUUCCUUUUCAAGUCCUAUCCCUAACACCUCUUCACCAACUCAUCGCCGCCGACGUGGCCGUCGUCAAGCCCCCACUCCUUCCGCUGCCGCCGCAACCCCACCUCCAAACCCUUCUCGUUUUGCUAACUCAGCAUUUACUCCAACUCCAUCCCGAUCCACCAAGCGUGGCUGCCGUGCAUCCGCUAACCCGACUCCUCCUGCUGCUACCACUCCAUCCUCCACGGACGAUUUCCCGCCGCCAUCUUCAGAUGGUGGUGACGAUAUGGAGGAGGUCACUCCUACCUUCGUUUGGGGUACGAAUAUUAGCGUCCAUGAUGUGAAAAAUGCAAUUCAAAUGUUCAUCAAACAUUUCAGAGACCCACAAGAAUUAAGCAAUGAUAUCUAUGGAGAAGGGAAAUAUACGAGAAUGAUACAUAGAGUUCUUGAAGUUGAAGGAGAAUGUAUAGACGUUGAUGCUCAUGAUGUUUUUAAUUAUGAUUGUGAUUUGUAUAACAAAAUGAUGAGGUAUCCCCUCGAGGUUUUAGCGAUUUUUGAUAUCGUCUUGACGGACCUCGUUAGUUUGAUUAAUCCUCUGUUCGAUAAACAUGUGCAAGUUUGGACUCAUAAUCUGAAGUGUUCUACUUCCAUGAGAAAUCUCAACCCAUCCGAUAUUGAGAAGAUGGUGUCAUUAAAAGGGAUGGUUAUCAGAUGUAGUUCAAUAAUUCCUGAGAUUAGGGAAGCAAUGUUCAGGUGUAUUGUUUGCGGCUAUCAUUCUGAUCCUGUUGUUGUUGAUAGAGGACGAAUAACUGAGCCUACUUCAUGCUUGAAGCAUGAGUGUAUGGCCAAGAACUCAAUGACGUUGGUUCACAAUAGAUGCAGGUUUGCUGAUAAGCAGAUUGUGAGGCUCCAGGAGACACUAGAUGAGAUCCCUGAUGGAGUGACGCCACACAUAGUGAGCUUGUUGAUGUAUGAUAAGCUAGUGGAUGCUAGAAAACCUGGUGACAGGGUUGAGGUCACCGGCAUUUAUAGGGCUAUGAGUGUCCGAGUCGGGCCAACACAAAGAACUGUGAAAUCACUGUUCAAGGCACACAUUGAUUGUCUUCACAUAAAGAAAAUUGAUAAGUCGAGAAUGAUGACUGUGGACCCUAUGGAAACUGAUAAGGGCUCACAAAGGGUCGAUGAUGAUGUCCAGUUUGAUGAAGACAAGGUGGAAAAGUUGAAAGAGUUAUCAAAACAACUAGAUAUAUAUAAAAAACUAACUAGGUCAUUGGUACCCAACAUUUGGGAGCUUGAUAAUGUGAACAAAGGCCUUCUUUUCCAGCUUUUUGGCGGGAAUGCUCUUAAGUUGCUAUAUGGUGCUAGCUUCUGUGGUGACAUCAAUAUCCUUCUGGUUGGUGAUCCUGGAACCAACAAGUCCCAGUUACUCCAAUACAUACACAAGCUUGCUCCUCGUGGCAUUUACACCAGUGGAAGAUGGAGCUCUGUUGUUGGAUUGAUUGUUUAUGUUGCCAAGGUCAUUGAUGUUUGGAAUGUGUUUGUUUCUAAUUUAGAAUUAUUAAAAGGCCAUUCCAGAGGUCGUUCGUUGACAGUGCACAGAAGCUCGCAUUCUUCCAAGAGUGUGCCUAUAGAGAAGAUGAGAAUGCCAUGUUAUAGUAGAGUUUAUAGAAGAAGUAGGGAGAGGAAUUACUGGCAUGGGAAUGAAUAUAAGGGAAAUAUUGCCAAUGAGGUUGUUUCAGAUUCAAAAAUGGUUGAAGAUCAGUUUUUCUCAUUUAUUCAGCAAAUUUAUAAUACAUCAAGGCUUAAUUUACUAGAUUGUGAGGAUCCAAAUUCAGUCCUGGAAUCUGGUGGUGGAGGUUUAGAUGGAGAGGGGUUAUUAUUUUGUUGGGAUGAUAAAGUUUUUGAGAGUGAAGAUCAUUGCAUAAAUAGAAGAUUCAUUGCGAUUACAGGAAAAUUCAGAUUUAAUCAGUUCAGAAGCGUCCUCAUUAAUGUGUAUGGGCCUUCUGUGGAGAAGGAAAAAGAAAGCUUUUUUGAAGAACUUAGUCAGUUCAUUUCGGGACAGAAUUUGCAGGUUUGUGUUAGAGGGGAUUUCAAUGUCUACUUGUGUAAAGAUGAGAAGAUGGGCAGAGCUCAUAAUAGAGUUUCAAUAAGGAUUUUCUCUCAUUUUAUUCAGUCUGUAGGAUUAAUUAAUCUGCCUAUGGAGGGGGGAAGGUUCACUUGGAGUAAUAACCAAGAUGAUUCCACUUUUAUUAGAUUGGAUAGAUUCUUGGUGGAUGGACAAUUCUUGGCUUCUUUUCCUGAGAUUAUCCAGUCUCUUAUUCCUAAGUCCAUCUCAGAUCACAAUGUCGUAUUGUUACAAAAUGAUGGUGUUAAUUGGGGAAAUAAGCCUUUUAGACUCUUCAGUUAUGUGAUGGAGGAAGAUGGUUUUGAGGAUAUGGUUUGUCAAACAAUUAUAGAUUGCAAGAAGCGCAAGAGAAAAUUGAGAAUUCUUGGUAUUUUUAAGAACUCUAAAUUAGCCAUCAAACAGUGGACAGGGAAGAAAAACAAGUUUUCGGGAGCUGCAAUUUCUGAUUUAGAAAACAAAAUUCAAAAGCUUGAGGUGGUAGCACAACAAAGGCAUGACAGUUCGAUUCAAGAGAUUGUUGACGAGUUAAAGGCGUGUAAAAGAGAAUUUUGGAGACUUCAUAGAUUUGAGGAGUUGAUUUGGCAUCAAAAUUCUAGACAAAGGUGGGUGAAUGAUGGAGAUCGAAACACAAGAUACUUUCAUACUUGUGUAUCGGAAUCUAGUGAUGGCUUGAUUUGGAAAGGCAGUGGGGAUGAUAUGUUUUCAGUCAGUUCUUGUAUUAAGAAGUGUGUUACUGGUUCUGAAGAGGUUCAAUUAUGGAAGAAGGUUGUUUGGAGAGGAUUACUACCACCAAGAGUUGAAACAUUAUUGUGGCAAAUUGUGCAGCAAAAGCUUGCUGUUAAAAUAGAAUUGGCAAGAAGAGGAGUUCAAGGAAUUGAUGAUGUUUUAUGUCCUCUUUGUAAAAAGUUUGAAGAGUCUUCCUCACAUUUAUUCUUUUCUUGUUCGGUUGUGUGGGCAUUAUGGAAUAAAUUUUUAAAAUUGUCGAGUUUUAGUUCUGUUCUUCAUGAAGUUGCUAAAACUUUUCUAUUAGGCUGGGAAGAGUUGAAGCCAAAUUCUGCUAUAUGGUCAUUCAUUCCUGAGGUUGUUAUUUGGACCAUUUGGAAAACCAGAAAUUUUAUUGUUUUUGAAGGGGGAAAGUUGGAUCAGAUUGAAUUAUUCUUUUUAGCAAGAGCCAGGCUUGCAUCUUGGUUCCCAGCUAAGUAUAAGGAUAUCUCUAUUCCUAAAGACUCGUUAAUUUCGGAACCUUCAUUAGGGGAUUUUCAUUCGUCCUACAACUUCCUGAAGUCUUCUAUUAUUCCCUGGUGUCCUCCUUCUAUAGGCUUCAUUAAACUGAAUGUGGAUGUUGUCACUAGUAGUGAUUGGAAGAAAAGUGGAUUGGGAGGCAUUUUAAGGGAUCAUCUUGGUGCAAUAUUAGAAACUUUUCAAGAGAUAGAGGGUCCGGGUCCUCCAACUUUGAAGGAACUCAAGGCUAUUCAAAGGGGAUUUGUUUUCGUCUCAUCUAUCCAAGGGUGGGAAAAUUUUCGAUUGAUUGUUGAGAGUGACAGCAUGAUUGUUGAGCAUGAUAUCAUAGAUCUUGCUACAUUGACAUCAUAUGUGAGUUAUGCUCGUAAGAAUAUUAACCCAAAAUUAUCUGAUGAAGCUGCUGAAGACCUAACCCGAGGGUAUGUUGAGAUGAGGAAAAGAGGAAAUUUCCCUGGCAGCAGUAAAAAUAUCAUCACAGCAACACCAAGGCAAAUUGAGAGUCUAAUACGUCUCAGUGAAGCAUUGGCUCGUAUUCGCUUCUCAGAAUGGGUUGAAAUAAGAGAUGUAACUGAAGCAUUCCGGCUUUUGGAAGUUGCUAUGCAGCAAUCAGCAACUGAUCACUCCACUGGAACCAUUGAUAUGGAUCUUAUAACCACGGGAGUUUCUGCAAGUGAAAGGAUGAGGAGGGACGGUGUGCUAUCAGCAGCACGCAACAUAAUAAUGGAUAAGCUACACCUUGGGGGACCAUCAAUACGAUUGUUAGAGUUACUUGAUGAAAUGAAGAAGCAGAGCUCUGGCAGCGAAAUCCACCUUCAUGAUCUAAGAACUGCAGUUGCAACUCUAGCCAGCGAGGGUUUUGUUGUUCUUCAUGGCGACAGUGUGAAGAGAAUAUAAAGAUGAGAAGUUACGAGAGAAACCAAAACCGACAUGCUUACUCUUUUAUGGUAUCACUCACUCAGCCUGUGG